AUGUCUGCAGACUCUAAUUCCCCGCGCGCCAUUGCACUUCGCUACAUCUCCAACUCUCGUUUCCACCGUCGCUACACACUCCCCGCCACGGCGGAUCAUGAUAGCCUCACCUUCACCUAUGCGGAUAUCGGAUCCACUCCCAGCUCGGCGAAUCCGAAUCCUCAAACCAUCCUCUUUAUGCCGGGCAUGUUCGCUACCCGGUAUCUUGGAGUAUUUAUACAUGCAAUCGCGGAGAAACUAGGCGUGCGUGUCUUGGUUGUCGAUCGGCCUGGAAUGGGCAACUCCACCGACGUCCCGCUAGACCAACGACUCUCCAUCUGGAUCGAACUAGUGCCCCGUCUCCUGGCGCAUCUAGAAAUCGAACAUGUAGCGCUAGUAUCACAUUGUGCGGGGACCAUCUACCUAUUGAAUACCCUGUUUCAUUGUCGUGAGCUUCUCCAUCCGGAAAGGCCGUUCGUCGCUUUUUUAGCGCCUUGGGUUGACCCCUCUCAUUCCCACGUCACGUCCAUGCAAAUGGCCCAAUAUGUACCAGUAAAAGCCUUCAACGUUUGGAAUCUGAUUCCAAAGUUCCUCCUUUUGAAAGCGGGUCCGGCUUUUACAUCGAGUGAGGCUGCUAUCACGAAGACCUCAAAUGUCAUCUCCUCCGGCUCUGGAUUCAGUAGCGGUGGAGAAAACUAUACGGAGUUAGAGAGGAACCGACGACAGAUUGAGUAUGAGUACGGACUCUCUCGAGAUGUGCAGGCCGAGAUCGAUAGUCUGAUAUUCCAGUUCAUGUUCGAGGAAAGCACUGUCGGUGCCAACAGUGAGGCUUUACAGUGCUUGCGGAAGGGAUCUGAUAGUUCAAACACUUGGGGAAAGUGCGAAAACUACGAAGCCUAUGUGAAAGAGUUGGUAGAUCUUGAAGGAAGGAGGCAUAGACGGACAGGACAGGAAAAGCUGAAGGUAAGGGCGUAUUUCGCGGGGAACGACUCGAUGAUUGGGAAAGCUGGUCAAGAUUAUGUAGAGGAGUGUUGGGCGCGUGAUACGAGGGAAUUCAAGGACGCGCUUGAUUUUGAGUCGAGGACCUUUACACAACUGGAGCACGACAGUUUAGUUCAGUCUGCUGAGGUUUUGAAGAGCAUUUUUCUCCAUGUUGGAGGAGUCAUGCCCAAUGAUACUGAGUAA